GCGGGGAGGGAGCGAGGGUGUCCCGAGCCAUGGAGAGCUUCCUGGGAGGAUGCAGGGCCGCCCUUCAGGUGAGCAAGAAUGCCCUCUUUUGCUCCAGACUCCCUAGACAUACCCCUCCUCUGGAAACUCUCUGUUUUCCACAGAGCAGGCCCGUGGCUGCGCGCAUAUCUCCAGGCGAAGCUGUUCAGAGCCAGAAGGAAGUCCACGUGGUGCUGGGGAAUGAGGCUUGUGAUCUGGACUCCACGGUGUCCGCCUUGGCCCUCGCCUACUUCCUGGCCAAGACAUCUCCGGACUCAAAGGCGGCCUUCAUUCCCGUCCUCAACAUCCCCCGUGUAGACUUCCCGCUACGUACGGAGAGCACCUUCCUCCUCCAGCAGCAACGCAUCCCCGAGAACCUCCUCAUCUUCCGGGAUGAGAUCGAUCUGGCUGCUUUGCACCAGGCGGGCCUGCUGUCCCUGACGCUGGUCGACCACCACAUCUUGCCAAGCAGGGACGCAGCGCUGGGGGCGGCGGUGGUCGAGGUGGUGGACCACCGCCCCCUAGAGAGGCGGAGGGCCCCUCCCUGCAGAGUCACCGCCGAGCUGGUGGGCUCCUGCACCACCCUAGUGACCGAAAGGAUCCUGCAGGGGCCGGUGCGCACGUUGAACAGCCAGGUGGCUGCUCUGCUGUAUGGAACCAUCUUGCUGGACUGUGUGAACAUGGCUGCCGAAGCAGGCAAAGUGACGCCAAAGGACACCCAUUACGUCUCUCUUCUGGAAUCGAUGUUCCCUGAGCUGCAGACGAGGAGCCUCGUCUUUGACGCCCUGCAGAGAGCCAAGUUUGAUGUCUCAGGCCUCACCACGGAGCAGAUGCUGCGGAAGGACCUUAAGAGCCUGGCCGGCAAAGGAACAGCGGUGGCCAUCAGCGCCAUCUAUGUAGCUCUUCAGGAUUUCUUGCACCGUCCUGGGCUGGAGCAGGACCUGGGCGCCUUCUGCCGCCAAAGGGGCUACGACGUGCUGAUCGCCAUGACCAUCUCCUUCGGUGCCCGCAACGAGCCAUUCAGGCAACUGGCGGUGUACAGUCAGCAGGCUGAGCGCCAGGCAGCGGUUUGCCAAGCCUUGGAGCGCUCCAGCAGCCCCUCCCUCAGCCUGUCCCGCCUCGAGAGCCCCUGCCCCACCAUCCGCGCCUACCACCAGGGCAACACAACCGCCUCCCGCAAGAAAGUCCUUCCAAUCGUCCAAGAUUUCCUGAGGCAGCGGGCUGGACACCAUCCUGCCGGCCCCAGCAUGCAGCCAGACCUCUCAGGCUGCGGCCCUCCCACCAGGGUGGACCCCCAAGGUGCCGGAAGCCGUGGCCCGGACCGCAACGUGGCUGUGAACAACCCCCCGAAGCCUCACCGCCUGGGGGAGGACGUGGCGGAUGACGACACCCCACUGCCGCCAACCCCGGUGAACAGCCUCGUGGACGAGUGCCCCCUGCACCAGGGCCUCCCCCAAGUCUUGCCCGAGGCCAUCUUCGAGAAGGUCACCCGCAUAGCCACCGAUCGCUCUUUGGCCCACCAGAGCCCUGAAAAGAAGUGAUUCUGGGCACGCCCUGGGCACCUCCGAAUUCAGGGGGACUCUCAGCGAGCGGGAGGCUGGCCGCAGAGGGCCGGGAACCCCCUUUGCUUGAAUUAAUUCAUUGUAUGACAUGAUCCAUGAUUAAUCCCCAUUGCAGCGAAUAGAAAGGAAGGGUGGGGUGGGGGCUACUUAACUCAGCAUUCACCACCACCAUUCAGGGGCAGGGUCGAGAUUAAAUUGACUGCCCGCUGCGAAAUUGCAGAAUGCAGGGUGGGGCAGUUGGAUGCUCUGGGGGGGAAAACCGGUGGGCGCAGCGUUCCAGCACCCCAAACCCAAAUCCUUUCUCUUGUGCAUCCUUCAAAAUGGUUCCAAUUGAUUGUGAGGACAGGAUAUUGAAUUGUCCAGACAUGCUUUCCCUGGUGGGGGGGGGGGGACUUAGUUCAAAUGCUGUUUAUGCAAGGAUGACGCACUUUCAGCCCCACCUAAACACGUUCCAGAGCUGCAUUUUUAAACUGUUCUUGUUUUUUGCACAAGCUGAGAGUGCAAAAAACUCCCAUUAACGGGGACCGAGUUCUGAGGGUGGAUUUCAGAAGGUCUCCAUCAAAUUGAGGACGGAGGGGGACCCGACGUGUCCACGCGUGAAAUGUAAACAGUUCUGUUUUGCUCUCUGGAUCGCAAGCGUGUCGCAGAAGUGCUCCAGCAGAGUUCACCCCUGUGCAUUUUCUGUUAGGCUGAGUAGAAUGAGACUUUGGCUAAUGCCUCCCUAGUGAAUAAAAGCACUUGUAUCCUG